CUUUUUUUAGAUUCGCCAUUGUUUCAUAUCUAUUGUAUGUUUUUCAUAAAUUUUUAGCGUUUUCGGGUGAAAAAAUUUUAUUGGUGGAAAAAGACAUACAUUUUGUGUUGAUCAAACUAUUUUUAUUAAAUGGCGUUACAAACAUACGGAGACAAGCCUAUAGCUUUUCAGCUGGAAGAAGGUGGUGAAUAUUACUAUGUCGGAUCAGAAGUCGGAAACUAUAUGCGUUUAUUCCGUGGUAUUCUGUAUAAAAAGUAUCCUGGUAUGACACGGCUAGUACUUUCCAAUGAAGAGCGUAAAAGGCUAGCUGAUUCUGGAUUGAGUUCCCACAUAUUAGCGAGUUCUGUGUCACUGCUACGAGCCGUGGAGGUAGACGAUAUAAUUGCCGGAAAUGAUGAAAAAUAUCGUGCUAUAUCCGUAAAUACAUCCGAAGCACCAUUACCACGUGAAAAUAAAUCCAAAAAACAGCCACAAUAUGUUCCAACUAUGCCGAAUUCUAGUCAUUUGGACGCAGUCCCACAAGCUACUCCCAUAAACCGUAAUCGCGUUCAUACCAAGAAAGUUCGUACAUUCCCUAUGUGUUUUGAUGAUACCGAUCCAACAGCUAAUAUUGAAAACGCAGCACAGAAAGAAUGUUUAGUACCUAUACGUUUGGACAUGGAAUUGGAAGGUCAAAAAUUGCGUGACACAUUCACUUGGAAUAAAAAUGAGAGUAUGAUAACGCCAGAACAAUUUGCGGAAGUACUUUGCGAUGAUUUGGAUUUAAACCCUAUACCUUUUGUUCCUGCCAUCGCACAAGCAAUUCGACAACAAAUAGAAGCUUUUCCUAAUGAGCCUCCGAUACUUGAAGAAAGUUGCGAUCAGCGUGUUAUCGUUAAACUAAAUAUUCACGUCGGUAAUACAUCGCUUGUUGAUCAAGUUGAAUGGGAUAUGUCUGAAAGAAAUAAUAAUCCCGAGGAAUUUGCUAUAAAACUAUGUGCUGAGCUUGGUUUGGGAGGGGAGUUUGUAACAGCAAUUGCUUACAGCAUACGCGGCCAGUUGUCUUGGCAUUGUCGUACGUAUGCCUUUAGCGAAGCUCCUCUAUCUACCAUCGAUGUACCCUUCCGGAAUCCCAGUGAUGCUGAUGCAUGGGCACCAUUCCUCGAAACAUUAACCGAUGCAGAAAUGGAAAAGAAAAUACGUGAUCAAGAUCGUAAUACGCGACGCAUGCGUCGUCUAGCCAACACGACAACAGGUUGGUAAAACCAUUUAACAUAUCCAGAAGGUCGCAUUAUUCAUUCAAGAUACUUAUUAAUAUAUCGAGGAAUCAAAAUCAUAUUUAUAUUAAAACUAUUUUACGUUUAAGAUGUAAAUGGUAUUUUUUUCGAAUUACCUAAUAAAUAUAGAUUCAAAAAUUAUAAAAAAA